UCAAAUGGAAGCUAAAGCCACGAGCCCCAAGAGAACACCUUUAUAUACUUUCCUGCCUCCCUUCUCUUUCUUUCUCGCUCUUUCAAUUCAAAUCUCAGAAGCAACAGACGCCACUGCCUUCUCUCUCGUUACUGUUUCCUGAGAAAGAAAAGAAUCGAAUGGCGCUUCCGAACCAGCAAACUGUCGAUUACCCAAGCUUCAAGCUUGUCAUCGUUGGUGAUGGUGGUACAGGAAAGACGACUUUUGUUAAACGGCAUCUUACUGGAGAGUUUGAGAAGAAAUAUGAGCCAACGAUUGGUGUUGAAGUUCAUCCAUUGGACUUCUUCACGAACUGUGGGAAGAUCCGGUUUUAUUGUUGGGACACUGCUGGCCAAGAGAAAUUUGGUGGACUCAGAGAUGGAUAUUAUAUCCAUGGACAAUGUGCCAUCAUUAUGUUUGAUGUCACAGCUCGUUUAACAUACAAGAAUGUUCCCACAUGGCACCGGGAUCUCUGCAGGGUGUGUGAGAAUAUCCCUAUUGUUUUGUGUGGAAAUAAAGUUGAUGUCAAGAAUAGGCAAGUAAAAGCAAAGCAGGUUACAUUCCACAGGAAGAAGAAUCUCCAGUACUAUGAGAUCUCUGCGAAAAGCAACUACAACUUUGAGAAACCUUUCCUCUAUCUUGCUAGAAAACUUGCUGGGGAUGCUAACCUCCACUUUGUCGAGUCUCCAGCUCUUGCUCCUCCUGAAGUUCAAAUUGACAUGGCAACACAAGAACAGCAUGAAGCUGAGUUGGCAGCAGCUGCGGCACAGCCCCUCCCUGACGAUGAUGAUGAGGCGUUCGAGUAGAUGCCUAGAUUCUCCUCUUUUCUCGUCCCCCACCCCCUCCCCCUCCCCCUCCCUCUUUUCUACCCCUUUAAUGGUAGGUCCGGCUAAAUAUUGUUGGGCAGUUCUAGUGCCGGCUAAUUUGCAGGUUUUGGUCUUGAGUGUGGAUCUGCAAUAUAUAUGCCUUGUUCUAUUUUCCCCUUGGUGUGAGGACUGAGGAGCUGAUAUUAGUUUCCAGCUCUAUAGUCAAUAGUGGGGAAAUUAUAUUUGCAUUGUCAUUAGUGAUCCAAAUUUAGAGGUCAUCUUGGUUUUGUUAUGGUACUUUGGUUUACAAUGUUUAAAGAUCAGGAAACUGUUAUUCCAAAA